AUUCAAUGCUCCUACAAAUGAGUUAAGGGUAGUAUCGUAAACAAAAAGUAAGUAAACGAUUCCAGCGGAAAGCGGGUACAAAAAGCACGAGAGAGCAUAACUGAGAAACAAGGAUAUAAAAGCUCUUCCAACAAUUCGUAUUUGGAACCAUUGAUUCAAACUACGGGACUUCAACCGGAAUCCAUCUUGAUUAUCUUCCUAUUGAUUAUCUUAAUUUAUGGCGACAUUUGAGCUUUACCGAAGGUCGACGAUUGGUAUGUGCUUAACUGAGACAUUAGAUGAGAUGGUUGGAAAUGGUACUCUCCAUCCAGAUUAUGCUAUCCAAGUUCUUGUUCAGUUCGACAAGUCGAUGACCGAAGCUCUUGAGACUGAAGUGAAGACUAAGGUCACUAUUAAGGGCCAUCUCCACACCUACAGAUUCUGUGACAAUGUAUGGACUUUCAUUCUGCAAGAUGCAUCGUUCAAGUGUGAGGAUUUGCAAGAAAAUGUAAGCCGAGUUAAAAUAGUUGCAUGCGACUCGAAGCUUCUAACGCAGUAAUGUGUAUCAGGACGUUAAGCUUUGAUCUAGUGACAAAUUUAUUCUGUUCUAGUCUAGUUCUCCAGACCUCGCCCGAGCACUUUAUUACCGUAGAAAGGUGCAUGGAUACUAAAUCCUAUCGGUUUAUGAAACACUUAUCAUCAUCAUCAUGUCCAUUGUAUCCCGUUCAUAUCAUGUGGAACUCUUUUUAUCAUCCAAGAAACUUAAAGCAUCAAACUCUUAUUUAUUGUAUGUAUCCAUAAUGCUCUUUCUAUCUACUCCAUUGUUGUAUCCAUAAUGCUCUUUUCAUAUUUUAUUAUAAACUAUUACUUCUAUU